AUGGCACCAAAGUCACGAAAAGAAGCAGAGGCCGAAGUCAGAGGAUGGGGGUUCUCCCAUGUUUUCACUUGGACUGAUAGACCCAACGCCCACUACCCGCCUCAUACCCAUGCCGGCGUGACCACACAUCUGGUGCUCAAGGGAAGCCUAACUCUCACAUAUCCCGACGAUCCGGACCCGAGGAAAGAGCAGUGCCACGUGGGUGACAGGUUCGACGUCGACGCCAACAAGUGCCAUGAAGUAUGGAUUGGCCCAGAGGGCUGUACCUAUGUGAUUGGAGAAUGA